AUGGCUACACAGCAGCUUUAUACGUAUAUUACUAUAGUAAACUGAAGCAAACAAGCCAGUUUUACCGUGAAUCAACAUGGCUCGUACCAAGCAAACUGCCCGUAAAUCAACUGGUGGAAAGGCUCCUCGCAAGCAAUUGGCCACCAAGGCAGCCAGGAAGAGUGCUCCAUCUACUGGUGGUGUAAAGAAACCACAUCGUUACAGGCCAGGAACUGUAGCUCUCCGUGAGAUCCGUAGGUACCAGAAAUCCACAGAACUCCUAAUCCGUAAAUUGCCCUUCCAACGCCUGGUGAGGGAGAUUGCCCAGGAUUUCAAAACUGACCUGAGGUUCCAGAGUGCAGCCAUUGGUGCUUUGCAGGAGGCUAGUGAGGCUUACUUGGUUGGUUUGUUUGAAGAUACCAAUCUCUGCGCCAUCCAUGCUAAGAGAGUGACCAUCAUGCCCAAAGAUAUCCAGCUUGCCCGCAGAAUACGGGGAGAACGGGCAUAGUCACCCUAACAUGGCAUUCUUGUAGCAAAUUCUGUAUUAUACUUUAAAUCUUGUGAAAUGUUUUGUAUAACCUGUUCCAGACCAUGUCUCCAGAACCAUUCCAUCUGUCACUCAGGAUGAAUCCUUAUUUUAAUAGAUGCCCCCUAUAACAGUCGCUCAUGAGAUGAUAGGGGGUAGGUGCUCCUAGCUUGAUAUGCAUGAUUUUUGUUUAAUCGCCCUGAUUUCUCAGCUUGUGGUUAUCUUUUUAGAAAAACAUGGUGAAACUAGAGGGCUGGGAACAAAAAAAUGGUGCUAAGAACCAGUCGUUAGACUACAAUCUUUAUAUUUAUAUUAAGAUAUGGCCUUAUAGGAGUGGAUUUUUUUUAAUCAUAGUUAAGAGGGUACACAUUCUUCAUCCCACAGCUCCUGUUGUAUACUGCCUAUUUUAAUCAUGGACUGUUAGCCUGACAACACAGUACAAAACACGUCACCAGCAUUGUGGCUACAUCUUGUACUUGGAUUGCUGACUUGAUCACAAACAAUGCACCUGUCUAUUUAAAUAACCUUUUAAAAUCACAAGCUGAAAUGUAAGGUUUUAUCCUUUUUCUCAAAGAACAAUCUUUUUCACUGCCUGCCUUGUGUUUUGUAGACCAGUCUCCUCAAAUAUAAUCUAUGCAUAGAGUGCUGAUCUAGUGCAAAUUUGCUGGCUUGCUUUAGUGUGAUGUCCUAAAAAUGUGGGGCUUACAGUGAGCAAUAAAUCCUACAUAGUAACAAAACUAUUAUUGGCUAGUAGUUUCAGUUGCUGCAUUUUAAAGCAAAGAAUGGUGGCUUUAGAUCUCUACUUUUAAGGCUGGGUAGUUUAAUUUAAACACAGGUAGCCAUUCUGACACUUAUCCAAGCAAUACAGCAGCUUUCCCCUGUCUCCAGAUAGUUGGUGAGUGUAUAUUGUUUCUAUAUUUUACUCUAUGCAAAGUAUUAUAGCAGUGAAUAUGGCUUUGCUUAUUCUAGUAUCAAAACCUACCAGCGUGGUCCCUUUUCAAAUUAACUUUCUUGGGAGAAAUUGUUUGGGUGCUUAGCAGAUAACUUGUAAGCCAGGCAGCUACAGCUCACAAAUGUGUAUUUAAGAGCUAUUUUAUAUAUUGUAGUGUUGAUGUUUUAAAUUAAAUGUUUUUCAUUCAUGGAA